AUGUCUUCAGCGGCGUUACCAUCCCGUAGACAGUGCACCCAGGUCAUUGACAACAUCCAACGCUGUCAGUGUCCAUGCUUCAUUCCUCCUGCUUCCAUCCUGCUAGACCAGAACAUCUGCGGUCUGUGUGGACACGGUAUUCACACCCAUGUCGACUAUGUUUCGAUGGUCGUUAAUCAUCAUCCCCCGACUCAGUGUGCGGCCUAUGUCCAGAAGACGCCUCUGACACAAUGUUGCACCUGUGAAGCUUGGCUUUGCGACCACGUCGCUAUCAAUAACCCAUAUCGUCCUGCAGAACCAUGGGAUGUUUUGAACUUUUUCAUGGACAACAUUGGCCUUUCUUCUGGUGUCAACGCGACCAGCUUUUACAACAACGCCGUCAAUGGACCGUUCACGCCAAAUCCAAUGCUCCUUCCAUCUGCCGGUUCCCACACCGACGCCCUUUUUCACGACAUGAACCUCAUGCCAAUCAAUGCUGCGCCUGUUCUCUCUCCCAGUCCCAACCACGCAUUCAGCCCUUCCCGUGACGCGGGGAGCGUUCCCCUCACCCCUACGUCCAUCUCCUCACCUUCUGCUAGUAGCAGCUCAGACGAUUACUUCGUUCAAUUUCCGCACCAUUUCAUGAACAACUCCUAUGCUCUUCAGUCAGAUGGCAGCGCAACGGAUGAGAAUUUAUAUGAUCAGAUAUAA